UACGCCGCCGUGUCGUGUCCACUUCCACAGCUUCCUUUUUCGGUUUCAACUUUUAAUUUUCGUCACACAAAUAACACGUUCGCUUAAUUUUCAACGUCAAAUUUUGAUUCCGUAAUUUCAGUUCCUAAAAAAGAAAACUAAAAAAGAAAAUAAAAAGACAGAGACAGAAAAAAUGGUGCCAUAACUUGUUGUGUUGCGGCUUUGGAUUCACUCAAGUUAUCAACAUGCUCAGAUCACUGCCGAAGCUCUCACUCCUCUUUUCCUCUGCCAGGAAUCCCCAUUAUCGUGUGACUGCUCAGCGUUUCAUAUCCCAAGGGAGAAAAGCAGUUUCAAGAGUCAAGAUUGGAGUGGCAACCAAUGUUCCUAUACGAUCCAAACCGACCUCAAUAAUUUCAUCAGCAAUUACAUCAGAAAUGUCAGCAGAAGAUCAAGUUCAACAGGUUAACCUACUAACAUCAACUGAUGAUGAUUAUGGGGGUGUUAUUGUGGAACUGGAUCAGCCUAUGGAUUCUACAACAUUUAUCUCAAUCCUUAGAGCUUCUGUUUCUCAUUGGAAGCAGCUGGGCAAGAAGGGUGUUUGGAUAAAAUUACCUAUUCAUUUAGUCAGUCUUGUUGAAGCUUUAGUUAAGGAGGGUUUUUGGUAUCAUCACGCAGAACCAAAAUAUUUAAUGCUUGUAUAUUGGAUUCAUGAAAGUCCAAGUACUAUUCCUGCAAACGCCACACACAGGGUGGGCAUUGGUUCAUUUGUCAUGAAUGAAAAUCAAGAGGUCCUAGUUGUUCAAGAGAAUAGUGGACAAUUUCAGGGAACUGGAGUCUGGAAAUUCCCUACUGGAGUUGUUGAGCAGGGGGAAGAUAUUUGUGUAGCAGCAGUAAGAGAGGUCAAAGAAGAAACAGGGGUUGAUUCAGAAUUUCUGGAGGUAUUAGCAUUCAGACAAAGUCAUAAUUCAUUCUUUGAGAAAUCAGACUUAUUCUUCGUGUGUAUGUUGCGGCCUCUUUCUUAUGACAUCCAAACACAGGCAUCGGAGAUACUGAAUGCACAGUGGAUGCCAUUUGUGGAAUAUGCUGCUCAGCCAUUCAUCCAAAAGAGUGAGCUUUUGAAGCAGAUAAAUGAUACAUGUUUGGCAAAGAUGGAUGGACAGUAUUCUGGAUUUUCUCCAGUAUCUACAUCAUCAAACUUCUCUGACCAAAAGUAUUAUUUGUACUUGAAUGCUGGGGCCUCAAAGAGGUCCAAUUCUUCAUAAGCAUCAUCAAAUGUUACACAUCUAGAAAGAAAGGACAUUCAAUUAAUUUGUAUUAUUUGAUUCAUUAUGUGAACAAUGUCGGUCUUUAUCAGA